UUGGUUUGAACGGCCUGUCCAUCAGUGCAGAGGAAGUAGUGGAACAGCCAGACAACAUGAAUUCUCUGGAACAAGCCGAAGACCUGAAGGCCUUUGAGAGAAGACUGACAGAGUAUGUGUCCUGUUUGCAACCUGCAACAGGCAGGUGGAGAAUGAUUCUAAUAGUGGUGUCUGUCUGCACGGCUACUGGUGCUUGGAACUGGUUAAUAGAUCCUGACACACAAAAGGUCUCCUUCUUUUCGUCAUUGUGGAAUCAUCCAUUCUUCACGAUCAGCUGCAUCACUCUUAUAGCUCUCUUCUUUGCCGGGAUACACAAACGAGUUGUGGCACCGUCGAUUAUCGCUGCUCGCUGCCGGACAGUCCUAGCAGAGUACAACAUGUCCUGUGAUGAUACGGGGAAACUUAUUCUGAAACCCAGGCCGAACAUCCAGUAGCCAGUGGCUUGUGUGGGCGGUUCAGACACUGUUCCUGGUCUUUGCCGAUUGCUCGCUGACCUGCAUCUACUUGGGCAGUCAGAUGUUGUAGUCAUGAUGGGAAUGCAUUUGCAGGACUGAAGAAAAUAAGUGAUCAGGGUUUUAACAGUGUUGCCAUGUUGACGUCACCAUCGAUGCUGCUGAUUUACUCACAUUUUAUCCCGUCAGUGUGAGUUCAGAUGUGUUGAUUUCUGUUUAUGAAGUUAAGCAUGUAUUUUAUCUAAAUGUUUCUAUUUUUUAAAAUUAUUGACCUAAUAAAUUUUUCCAGGUGUGUA